CUACAUUUUUUUAUAUCAAAAACCAAUCAUAACAAAGAGAAUAGAAAAAAAGAAAGAAAAUAAUUUGUUUUGUAAGAAAAAUCGCAUAAAAAUAAAGAAAUUUUCUAGAAACUAAUUAAAUUUUAACCAAUUUCUUUGAAAUAAAUUAAAUACAAAGUCCUGUAUAAAUAAAAAUUACAUAAAUUCAAUAAUAAAAGUGAAAAUAAAUUGAAUUGUAAUAAAAUUCAAGGGGUGUGAAUAAUUACGGAAGUUAAAACGAUACCAAAACAACAACAACAGCAACAGUGACUAUGGCCAAUAACUAUUUACAGCCUGUCAAUGAUCAUUUUGGUUUUAGCAACACCAAACUGGAUGAUGUAGACGAUGAUAUAUUCCUGAACAACUCAAGAUCUCGUACUCCACUUUCCGAUCAAGGUGCAGUGGGAGGGAUGGCGCCACGUAGUACUAAUCCUUUUGAAGAAGAACCUGAAGAUUACCAAAGACAGUUGCUAGAGGAAAAACGUCGUCAAAUUGAGGCUCGUAGUUUGGAAUCAACACAAAAGAGUUUGGGUUUACUGUAUGAGACCGAAGAGGUGGGUAAAGCCACAGCUGUUGAGCUGGCCAAACAAAGAGAACAAUUGGAACGAACUGCCAAACAAUUGGAUGACAUUAAUGCCUCGCUAAGAUUUAGUCAGCGUCACUUGAAUGGUCUGAAAAGUGUAUUUGGUGGUUUGAAAAAUUAUCUCUCCGGCAAUCGUGACCAAGCUCCUGCAGCUUCAACACCACGUUCACCCAGUGUUAGUCAAAUAUCUCAGCAAGUAGACAAUAACAAACCCACAAAUAGUAUGAGUAAUAUCGGACAAACCCCUAAAUCACCCACUGAGAAAUAUGACAAUCAUCCCAUAUCCCGUUUACGCGAUGAUUCAUCCGCUCAACAGCAGCGCCAGCAGCAGCAACAACAAAGACGCAAUAAUCCCUUUGAGGCUCAACUGGAAGCCAAUCUAGAGGAAAUGUGUGGUAAUCUGUCACGUUUAAAGGGUUUAGCCACCGAUUUGGGUACAGAAAUUGAAUCACAAAAUGAACUACUCGACAAUAUGAAUUAUAAAAUUGAAGAUGUGGACAUUAAGUUAAGCAAGCAGAAUAAGGAUAUACACAAAUUGUUGGGCAAGAAGUAAAAAUCUUAAAAAAAGAACUAUUGUUAUACACAUUGUUGGGCGAAUGCUGAAAUUAAGUAAUAAAAUUUAUGGAUAUUUUUUGUUAUAUGUUUUUGAAAUAUUUUUUACUUUUUUAAUUAAACUACAAAAAAAAACAUUCCUCUUACAACUAAUACAUAUUUAUAUCACAUAAUAGGCGCAAUAGUUUUAAGAGAAUAUGUCAUUAAUUAAAGCUUUCAUCUUUCUUAAAUAUAUUUAUAUUGAAUUUAUAUAGAAUAAAAUACGUACAUAAUUGAAAUAAAUGAAA